AUAGUCGAUUUUUUUAAUGCUUCCCUAUAUACUUCACUAUGCAUAACAAACCAAUAUAUAAAUAUUGUAUUAGUUAUUAUUAGGCUUCUGAAUAUUUCAUAUAUAAUUUUUUUAAUUUUUAUAUCAUACAUACGUAAGGAAUGUCAAAAAUCGAAAUAUAAAAUUGUCGAUUUGUCGAAAGCCUCUACAUGUUGGCAUCACUGCAAAUUUAGCGUCUUUAAAACGGCACUAUAAGGCCGCUAACGUUAACCGUUUUAACCGCCGUCUACUGCUAUACGAUAUAUAUUACUAUACAAGUGUUUGUUGUGGGUGCGUUUGUCUGAUCAUCUGCAUCAGUCAUUUGAAACAAUAUAUGUUUUAUUAAUUUACAUUCUUAUAAUGUAGUAUGCAGAAUAUUUGCAAUGAUCUUAAAUAAUAUAUUAUUUAAAAAAACAUGGAUUUUAUUCUCAACAAACUAUUUUAUAAUAGUGUUUGCUUGGACAGGAGAAAUUUCUUUAAAAAAUUUAGGAGAAAAAGAAUUUCUCAGAAUUAAGGAAAAAUCAACUUUACCUUAUCAUGGAGCAUGCUGGCACAAUGCUCUUAAAGAAGUGAAAAGCAGUUGUGAUAAACUCAAUGACAAUGAGCACUCAAUCUUAGCUCUAUACUUAGCAAAUUGUUUUUUAGAAGAUUCUGGUCACAUGACUUAUUCUUGUCAUUCAAGAGAUAAUGAAAGAGAUCGAAGACAAUGUAUCAAUCAAAUGUCGGAUAGAGCUUUUGGAGUGUAUAAUGAAUUUUAUAUUUAUGCAUCGCAUAUGUGUUUCUUUUUGAAUCAUGAAAUUUGGCAGGCAGAAACUCACGAUACAAUAAAGCAUCUAUACGAAGCAUCAUCGCUUAUGAAAGAACAACUCUUAGAAGCAUCACAUGUACAAGGUGCAAUGUUAGAGAGUCAAAAAGAAGGACUGAAAAUUCAAAAUCAACUUUUAGAUCAUGGAAAAGAAUUAGAAAAUGUUAUACAGAGUUCAUAUGAAUCUGUAACAAAUAUGGUUCAUAGUUUCAAAGAAUCUGUUAAAGAUCAAAAGGAAUUACUUUUUCAGAUAUUUGCUUAUUUAAGGACAUUUCAGAAUUGGAUUAUUAGUGAAGUAUCAUGGUUCCAAUCAAUAAUUUAUUAUACAGUUGCAUGUAUAUUGUCUGCAUUAUUUAGUGCUUCUAAGAAAACUGCAAAUUCUAGGAUAAUUUUAUUUACGACUCAAAGUCUAAAUGUAAUUAUAGAAAGAAUGUUAGUUCAAUAUUACAAUAACAUUCCAGAUCAUAUUAAUGAGGAUAAAGUUAAUUUAGUAUACUCUAUUUGGCUUGUCAGAAAGGCAGCUAUCGCGAUAUGCAUUUUUAGUCUUUUUUACAGCUAUUGUUCUCAUAGGGAUAAUCACUUUGAGAAUUUCAAACUAUUACAACGUAUUGAAAAUCGAUUAGAUUCACUAGAAAACAUUACUCAGGUUUCUCAAACUUCGUCAAUCCGCUAUUCAAAGAGAUUGGCUCUGAAAAGAGUAAAAAAUUCUAAAGAAGUGUCUAAAGAAGAAUCAUACCCUACCACAGAAAAUCUAACGCAGUAAACGAUAAUAAAUAAUAAAUUGUUUGAAUUGUAAAUAAUAGUAGACAUAUUCAGUGUAAGAUAAAAAUAUUUUAUGUAUGUAUAGAUUUUCUAUUUAUACAAUAGUAAUGUGUUUUUUAUAUAUGUUAA